AUGACUCCAGACACGAAACAAUCGUUACCACCCUUCUCUGCGGAGGAGGAACUUGAUAUUCCACCUCCAUCUUACGACUCCGCUCUGGCAACUUCCACAACAAAUCAACCGGAUGCAGGAUCUUCCACUUCACGGCCUGCAGAAGAGAGAGUCAUCCCACAUCAUCUCUUACACCUCUUCUCUGGUCCACCUAACGGUGAACCUCCCAUCGGGAGAGACUAUGUACCUCCAGAACAAAUCAAGAAGAUCUCGUGGCAACAGAAAGGUCUAGUCAUCGAGUCCUCGGACCCUCAAUUAUCUGAUCCUAACGUAAUGUACGACUUCAUUCGAGCCCAGUCCAUGGUCCCUCCAACUUCCAAGAUCAGAUGCAAAGGUGCCCAUUUGGAAAUUUCACAGAUAGAACAACAUGUUAUAGAGGACGGGGUACGAACUUUCAAGAGGAAAGGGGAAAGUUAUCAAGCGAUUGAUUUUGACUUUACCAUUGAUUUGACUGAGAUCAUCCAUCACCCUUCUAACAGAAACAAUGUACAUCUGCGAUCCAUAUCGUCUUUCGCACCCACCAUCAGAGGUUUACAUGACCUUCGAUAUGGAGCUUCAUACGCCCCUGAUGCUCGUACUUCUCCCAGACAUGGUGGCUAUGAACCAGUAGACUCCGACGCACAAUAUGGUGCUACAGAUAUAGGAAGGAAAGCUACUGCCCCUGAGCUAAGUGAAAAUGAAGCAUGGAAUACCUUCAGAUUGAAGAAAGGUAUUCCAGGAUGGGUUAAAAUGCAAGAUAUCCCGGAGUUUUGGGACACAAGACCUGGAUCAAAACUGCCUUCAAUCUCGUUAGAUUCUGAUGCCGAAAGUGCAAGAUCCGGUAUCGAUGACUACCCAAGCUUGCGACAGUGGUGUCAGGUCUAUUGUAAGGAUAGUGGUAUCUUCAAGGAAUUCUGGAUGUACAAAGGUCUUUAUGGUUGGGAUAUUGAAAACCUCCAAAAUGCAAUAAAGAAUGCCAUCCUCUCCACUGGAUAUCAGUCAAAUUACCUCACUGUAACUAGUGAGGUUACUCCACCCGCCGUUGUUAUUCGACCCAACAAUAUAUUCAGUCGAGCUAUUAACCAUGGCUUUAUCUACUUUCUCUCGUGGAUCACAUUGAUCUGGCCUAUGAUUUGGAUUCUCAAGAGAGUUUUCCCAAGAUUCUUAGGGGCGCCAUGGGGAGUAGCUUAUGUCAAUUACGGUCUGAAAUGUUAUCCCGCACUACCAUCGACGUACCCCAUGGAGACUAUCUCUCAAGCACAAGAUCGCCUCCCGAGUUUAUACAAAUUUCAUCCGGAGCUCCCUAAGAAUCCAACAUUACAAUAUGGGCCAAAAGGAGUGCACUACCUUUUAGGAAGGAAAGAAGGUGAAUGGUUCAGAGAAUGGGAAGAGAGGAUCAGGAUGGGCGUGAGGAUGAAACAUAGAGGAGAAUUACAAGGUGGCGUAGUUGGAGAUACAAAUGUUGGUGUUGGCCUAGAUGGUUAUUGA